AUGGCGUCUAUUCUAGGUGAUUUGCCUUCCUUCGAUCCUCACAAUUUCAGUCAACAUCGUCCCUCCGAUCCUUCUAAUCCCUCUAGGAUGGUUCCAACUACCUAUCACCCUACUCACAACCGUACACUUCCACCACCAGAUCAAGUGAUAACUACGGAAGUAAAAAACAUACUAAUACGCAGCUUCUAUAAACGAGCUGAAGAAAAGUUGAGACCAAAGAGACCGGCUUCAGAGCACCCGGCGGCGGAACACGGGAACAAGCAUUUUCGUGCAUCGUCAUCUACUCAGGGCUUAUAG